CUUAGGAGGUGGUACUAGUGGGGUGGAAUUCCCUCAUGCAGGAGUUUGCACUAGAUGCCUUUACAAAGCUGGAUACUCUGGGAGCAGCGUGGGCUGAUGGAGUAUGAACUAGCCUGGGCGAUCUUUACGAGCUGAAAUCCUGCACAUCACAGAAGGGUUUGUUUCUCUGCGCAAAGCCUGGGAUGCUGUUAGGAACCUGCUUACAGACACGUGAACAGAGCCCCCAGACCCAAGAGCACCAGCCUGCUCCAUGAACUCGCCAUGAAAGUAUUUUGUAUUUUUUUGACAGAAACGCGCACGUAACUUUCGCUGGAGGAACUGAGGAUUUUUGUAGUUGGUCUGGUAGUGGUUUAAAACCAGUAGAGCCUUUGCAGCAGUGAUGAGGGAGUGACAAGUCAGAGUUCCUGCACCUGCACGUGGAAACUCCGAGCAGCUAACGCUGACUGCCCGACCCCCCGAUGGGACUGGACCCGAGCUCCUGCGCUCCAUAUGGGGAUGAAGGUAGAACCAUGUUACCUGCUACCUAAGGUCUCUGCUGCUGCAGUGGUAGCUGGUGGAUAUGGUCCUGCACCAGGCGUCGCACACAGACUCUCAGCUCUGAGCCAGCCCAGGAGGUUUUAGUGGCCACGGACUCUGAUCACCCUGCACUACAGGGCUGCGGCGCUGGAGAGUUACUAUGCAGCUUGGACUGUUUGUGGUGGUGGUUUUUCUAAGCUCGAUGGAUCUAACAGGCGGCAGCAAAGUGGUGAAGGGCAAGAGGCAAAGGCGAAUUAGCACUGAGCUGAGCCAGGGCUGUGCCAGGGGCUGCGACCUGUGCUCUGAGUUCAACGGGUGCCUGAGAUGUUCCCCCAAGCUCUUCAUCCUUCUGGAGAGGAACGAUAUCCGGCAAAUUGGGAUCUGCCUCCCAUCCUGUCCACUGGGAUACUUCGGCCUUCGCAAUACAGACAUGAACAAGUGCAUCAAAUGCAAAAUCGAGAACUGUGAGUCCUGCUUCAGCCGAAACUUUUGCACAAAAUGUAAGGAAGGUUUGUAUUUGCACAAAGGGAGAUGUUACGUCACAUGCCCUGAAGGCUACUCUGCUGCCAAUGGCACCAUGGAGUGCAGCAGUCCUGCACAAUGUGAAAUGAGUGAGUGGGGGCCCUGGGGGCCCUGCUCCAAGAAGAGGAAGCUGUGUGGCUUCAAGAAGGGGAACGAGGACCGAACGCGGCGGAUCCUGCAGGCUCCCUCUGGGGACGUGUCCCUGUGCCCCGCCACCACGGAGGUGCGCAGAUGCACUGUGCAGAAGAGCCAAUGCCCCGAAGGGAAAAGGAAGAAAAAGGAUGAGCAAGGAAAGCAAGAUAAUACAAAUGGGAACAGAAAUCGGAAAGACACCAAAGAUGCAAAGUCUGGCACCAAGAAGAGGAAGAGCAAACAGAGAGGGGCUGUGGCCCCCACCACAGCCGCCAGCCCUGCCCAAUAGCUGCCCCUUUACGUCACCUGAUGGCAAGACUUCAUUGCUGCUAUGUAUAUGAAAGCUUUAUUGAACCAGAGCACUGCUACACAACAUUACACACGUCAGAAAGACAGAGCUAUACUCCUAGACUAGACUCGACAGAAGCCACAUCCACAACACUUAAGGAGGCGGUAACCCCAGCACCACGGAUGGCAUCCACUGGGGCAGUGGGACACUGCGGGACCAGAGGUGAGGAUGAACCAAGGAUGGGGGCAUGGGGCCACGGGACACUUGCCUCGUGCCCAGCCAGCCACGGGGACUGGAUUUCUGCUCUUCCAGACUGGGGAACUGGAUUCACACGAAGGCAGUGUCCUCUUUCUCUACCCCCCCACCCCUUUAUUUUGUGUUUUAAGCUGUAUGACUUUAUCAUUGAGAAUAAUACAUGUUAAACGUUUGUGGUAAGAGGUCAGUGGUAUCUGCCCUGAAUCUGCUUCAAAGAGUUAUUUGGAAUGAAAAGCAAAGCAAAACCAAACAAAAAAAAAAAAAAAAGAGCAAAAAACAAACAAACAAAAAAAACAAAACAAAACAACCAAGACGACAACCGGCUUCCUGAGUGUGUGGUUCAUGCCUUGGCCCCUAUGGAGGCUGGUGUCCCACAGGACAGAGACUCAUUUGUGGAAGGGAAACUGACAAAAGCUUUAAGAAAAUCCCAGUGAAUGCUGCCGGCUGUGCUGCAGCCAGAGCUCAGUCUGCUGCCCUCACAGGACUGCGCUGCUCCCUGAGGAAGUCGCCAUUCAAGGACCUGGCUUGAGACAAUGAGAGCUAAUGGCAAGCUGCAGGCUGCAAAAUGCUGUGAUUUUGUUUGUAGGCACAGCUCCCAGGCUCUGCUCCUGGCCAGGGACAGGCUCGUCCAUCUGUCCCACCACCACCCAAAUGCACAGCAGGAGGGAGUGAAGGUGGGAGGGGGAAGGCAAAGCUCAUGCUCUGCAAAGUGUUUAAGUUUGGUAGGAGCCACCAGUCUCCAUGUCACCAAUGGGAAGCUCCUGGACUCAGCACAAACACUUCUGCUCUGCAAGAAUUGGCACCAGGCAGAGGAACCAGGAGCAUGGUGCUCAGUGGGGACCUGGCGAGGCUGCAGCGGGCGCACGCUUCUCACUGGGCUUCUCUGCAUGGGGAGCCUUGCCCUUGGCCGUGCCACAACAUGGCACAUUGCUCCAUUUCCCUGCUAUUUUAAAACGUGCUUCCUCAAUAUAAAUAUUGACCCUUCGUUCCUCUAGAGUUCAGCAAAGCUCCUUUUGUUGCAAGGGAUGGAGCCGGGCAGGUGCCACGGUCCCCAGCAAUGUGCCAGAGCUCCUGGCUCCCCAGGAAGGGAAAGGGGAAGGGAAAAGCUCACUCCAGAGCUAAACCUGACAAAGCCGAGUCCUGCUGCCCUUGUUUUGCACCACCUCUGCCUCGUGUGGAGGUGGGUGCCUCCCCACCAGGUCCCGGUGUUUUGGCUUAGCUCAGAACGUGGGAGCUGCAUAGUUGUUCCAGCUCCAGGGCUGUACCAAGCUCUCCGUGGCUGCUCCACUGGCAGCAAAACCUUUCAGCCCAUCAUCCACUUUGUGUUUAAGUAAACAGGGAGCCGUUAUAUCUUUUAAAGGGGAUUCCAUUUCAGCACAAUGAUAAACGAGCAGCAUACCAAGCAGAGAGAGAGAGGUUCUUAAAGUCAUCCUUCCAGUUGUUUAUGGAUCUUGUUCAGACGAUUCCUGAAGGCCUCCCAGCUGAAAGAUCAGAUCUCAUUUUGCUCUCCAGCCUCAGCUAGCCUGUGAAAUAAGUAUUUUGUUUGCAACCCGGCACUGCAUGUAAGCAAACUCAUUUUUCCCUUCCGCUUUUCUGCAGCAAUAGUCAGUAACCCUUUCACAAACCUCAGCUUGCUAAUUCAGGAACUCCUCUUCCUUCCCUCCUGCUUCAGUAUCUCAAUCCAGUUCUCAAUAAGGAUUAAAGAGAAGAGAGAGUGCAUUAGUAAGGUUUUAGACACUAAGGCUCUGUUAACUAACUGCAUUCCCUACAGUAACUCAUGGCAAUACUAGCACAAAUAUUUCAACACUCAACUGCAUAUAAUAAAUCAACACAGCAUAUCUUGUAGACAUUUCUAGAGUUUUUAGAAAAACUGAAGAACUUCUUUCUGUUGCACCCUUUUCCCUUUUUUCUUCCUUUUUUUCUUUUUUUCUUUUUUUCAUAGCAAAAUGGGAGGAAAGAGGGAGAAAGGCAAAGGAAAGUUUAAAACGUGUAUUAGGAAAAUCAGGAUUUUUCACUAUGGAUGGUUGAAGAUGAAAUUUAGAAAACUUAGAAGGAAAAUAUGAAAAAGUCAAAUUUCUUUUUUUUUUAAAUCAGCUUAAAAAUAGUGCUUUUUCCCACUCUCAGAGAGCUGGUUCAUUGAAGAGCUUAGAAGCAUUUUGCCUUUGACCAACGUGGUUUGCACGCUGAGUUCAACAGUCCAAAGCAGAGAUUGCCUUAGGUUGAUGUCAUCUCAACUCACAGCCACACGACUGCUCUCUUUCAGUCCACCAAAUAAUACCUGUUGUGGUGUUCUCUCCGUGGCAUCACUGUAAAAUAUGCUUCUUUAAACACAUUAAUAAAUAAAUGGGUUUGCUGAACAA